UCUAUAAAAUCACACCAGCAGAGGGAGUAGGUCAAAAAGGCUUCUGGUUUUUAAUUUGAAAAAAAAAAAGAGAUGAGAGCAAUAGAAGAGAAGGGCAUGACCCUGCAGUUUUCCUUCUAUCUUAAUAAUCACAUCACUUUGUCUCUUUGCUUUCUUUCAUCUGAUCCCAUGCUAGUAUAGCUCAAGUCGAUCUCACCAUUUUGUCUUCCGUAGAGUCUUAGAUUGAUCAAAAACAAAACUUCUGUCGUUCAUAUCAUCUCUACCAAAAGAUAGAAUAAAUUAGGUCUAGGUGGUAUUUAGAUAUAUACAUUGAGAAAAGAAAGUAAAGAGGGUUUUUUGUUAUUAUCUUCUGGUUUUUGAAGAUGGGCACUGGUUGGAGAAGAGCUUUCUGCACGACGAUCCCUCGAGACUCAGAAGUCACCACUGUUUCAGAUAAGCAACAACAAGUUCCUAGUACUAGUCCAAGCCCCAGAAGUUGUACAAAGCUAGGGUUUUUUACGGGUAGUAGCAACCCUUCUACUCCUCGUUUGCAGUCUCAGCCAGUCUCAAGCCCCAGCUUGCGUUGCCGGACUACAACUCUUGAAGCGCCUUCGACAAAUGAGAGCCCCAGACUCCAAUGCAAAACCACGCCUAAAUCAACCAAGAGUCCCAAAACAUCACAGGUUUCUAAUCCAUCCUCUCCUCGAUCGCCUCUCAAGUUAUCUCUCUUCAAGAACAGCUUCAAGUUCAGAAGUAGCUGCGGAAUCUGUUUGAACGGCGUGAAGACAGGGCAGGGCACAGCCAUCUACACAGCAGAAUGCUCACACGCUUUUCACUUCCCUUGCAUAGCCUCCCACGUGCGAAAGCACGGCAGCCUCGUCUGCCCUGUCUGCAACACCACCUGGAAAGACGUUCCUUUACUCUCCGUCCACAAAAAUCUCGGCGCUGCAGAAAAUCCCCACCAUAACCACACCGACUCACACGAUAACGUCAUCAAAACUAAGAUAGAAGAAAAGAAGAUGAUUGAAUCGUCUCCUGGACUUGUUAAAACCUUCAAACAAGAACCAAAACCAGAUUCAAGAUCCUACGAAGACGACGAGCCGUUGCUAUCUCCCACAGCUGGUGGCGGUCGCUUCAUUCCGAUUCCGGAGGCAGAUGAGGAUGUCCAAGAGGAGGAAGACGAUGUUGAAGAAUUUCAAGGCUUUUUCGUUAAUUCGAACUCUUCUUCGUCGCUCAAAUCGGACCAAUUUCACAUUUACGGCAGAGAUUCGAGACACGUUCAGAUUAGACUGUUACCAGAAUCUGCUGUUAUCUCUGUUGGUAGAAAUUAUGAGACGUAUGCAGUGGCAUUAAGAGUGAAAGCACCACUUCCGUCACCAGUCAUUAAAAGCAACAACACGGCGUCCCAUCGUGCGCCUAUCGAUUUGGUGACUGUUCUUGAUGUUAGUGGUAGCAUGAGUGGAGCCAAGCUGCAAAUGUUAAAACGCGCCAUGCGUUUGGUUAUUUCUUCUCUCGGCUCGGCUGAUCGGCUUUCUAUUGUUGCUUUUUCUGCAAGUCCUAAGAGGUUGUUGCCUCUGAGAAGAAUGACGGCUCAGGGUCAGCGCGCUGCGCGGCGCAUUGUUGACCGCCUCGUGUGUGGUCAAGGGAACAGCGUUGGUGAUGCUUUAAGGAAAGCUACUAAGGUGCUUGAAGAUAGGAGAGAAAGAAAUCCAGUUGCAAGUGUCAUGUUACUAUCCGACGGUCAGGAUGAGAGAGUCCAAGUUAAUGGUGCAAAUCAACGGCGAGGAAGCCACGCGUCCUCCACACGCUUCGCUCAUAUUGAGAUCCCAGUUCAUUCGUUUGGAUUUGGUCAAAGCGGCGGCUACAGCCAGGAGCCAGCCGCGGAUGCUUUUGCUAAAUGCGUUGGCGGGUUAUUAAGCGUUGUUGUACAAGAUUUAAGAAUACAGCUCAAUUUCGCCUCUGGCUCAGCGCCAGCUGAGAUUGCAGCUGUAUAUUCAUUCAAUGGAAAGCCCACUAUCCUCAGCUCAGGCUCAGUACGACUCGGCGAUUUAUACGCUGAAGAAGAAAGGGAGUUACUGGUGGAGUUGAGAGUCCCUACACCGGCGGCUGGAUCCCGCCACGUGAUGUCGGUGAAAUGUCUUUACAAAGACCCCGCCACUCAGGAAGUCGUAUACGGCGCCGAUCAAGCCCUUUUGGUACCCUGCCCGCACGCUGCUCGAUCAUCCGCACCGAAAAUCGAACGGCUAAGAAAUCUAUUUAUCAGUACACGAGCCAUAGCCGAGUCACGAAGAUUAAUCGAGCACGACGAUUUUACCAGCGCACAUCAUUUGCUGGCGUCCGCUCGAGCUCUUUUAAUUCACUCCAGCGCAGAAUCGGCUGACGAUUUUGUGAAAGGCUUGGAAGCGGAAUUAGCAGAAUUGCAUUGGAGGAGACAGUAUAUGUUAGAGCAGCAUCAGCAUCAGCAACAGCAACAGCAAAUGAUGAUGCAACGGCGGAGAGGAAGCGAGAGGGAAGUGAUGGUCGUGACAGACGAGAAAGGAGAGCCACUGACACCGACUUCGGCUUGGAGAGCCGCUGAGAAGCUGGCUAAGGUGGCUAUGAUGAAGAAGUCGAUGAAUCGAGUCAGCGAUUUGCACGGCUUCGAGAACGCCAGAUUCUAAUAAUCAAAUCAUAAUUUGAUGAAAUUUAUAAUAUUGGACAUGUCGCAGAAAUACAACAGUAGGGACAAGUUGGUAAGGAGGGCAACAGUAGGCCCACACUUGCUUGAUUGGGUAGUUGUAUUAAGCUUGUGUUCUGUCUUGUGGUUUUGAAAUUUCUGAACUCCAUUUCUUAAAAUUGUAGUCAAAUUAAAAGAGCUGUAAAUGCUAGUGUAAUGGAGCUUUUUCUUUCAAUUA